AUGAAGGAGGAAGAGAAGAGUUAUUCGUCGGUGGAGGAGAGGUACACACAGUGGAAGUCUCUUGUUCCUGUUCUCUACGAUUGGCUUGCCAACCACAACCUCGUUUGGCCUUCUCUUUCAUGCAGAUGGGGUCCUCAACUAGAGCAAGCAACUUACAAGAACCGUCACCGUCUCUAUCUCUCCGAACAGACUGACGGCAGUGUUCCUAACACUCUGGUUAUAGCCAAUUGCGAGGUUGUUAAACCCAGGGUUGCUGCUGCUGAGCACAUCUGUCAGUUUAACGAAGAAUCACGAUCUCCCUUUGUCAAGAAGUUCAAAACCAUACUACAUCCUGGCGAGGUGAAUAGAAUCAGGGAAUUUCCACAAAAAAGUCAGAUAGUGGCUACUCACACUGAUAGUCCUGAGGUAUUUAUUUGGGAUGUUGAAGCUCAACCUAAUCGUAAUGCUGUUCUGGGGGCUGCCACUUCCCGUCCAGACUUGGUAUUAACUGGCCAUAAGGAUAAUGCUGAAUUUGCUCUGGCCAUGUGCCCAUCUGAGCCCUUUGUACUUUCUGGAGGGAAGGACAAAUGCGUGGUCUUAUGGAGUGUUCAUGAUCAUAUUUCAACUUUAGCUGUAGAAGAAGCAUCCGCUGUUAAACAGGGCUCUAAAAGUGGGGGCAAUGAUGCAAAAGCUACGGAAAGCCCUACUAUUGGACCAAGGGGCAUCUACAAGGGUCAUGCGGACACUGUUGAAGAUGUGCAAUUUUGCCCAUCAAGUGCACAGGAGUUCUGUAGUGUAGGUGAUGAUUCUCGCCUUAUACUCUGGGAUGCACGAGUUGGAUCUGCUCCAGUUGUCAAGGUUGACAAGGCGCAUAAUGGAGAUCUUCAUUGUGUUGAUUGGAGUCCUCAUGACAUAAAUUUUAUCCUGACUGGUUCUGCGGAUAAUACAGUCCACAUGUUUGAUCGUCGGAAUCUUAAAAGUAGUGGAGUUGGAUCACCUGUCUAUAAAUUUGAAGGUCAUGAUGCAGCAGUCCUCUGUGUACAGUGGAGUCCUGACAAGGCAUCUGUAUUUGGUAGUGCUGCUGAAGAUGGUAUUUUAAACAUCUGGGACCAUGACAAGGUUGGUAAAACAACAGAUUCUGCUGGUUCAAAAUCAUCAAAUACCCCCCCUGGUUUAUUCUUUCGACAUGCUGGGCAUAGGGACAAGGUUGUUGACUUUCACUGGAAUGCAUCUGAUCCAUGGACAAUUGUUAGUGUCUCUGAUGAUUGUGAAAGUAGCGGUGGAGGUGGCACCUUACAGAUAUGGCGGAUGAUGGAUCUAAUAUAUCGACCAGAGGAGGAGGUGCUCACUGAGCUGGAUAAGUUCAGAUCUCAUAUUUUUGGAUGCAACUCGUGA